AUGAAAACACAGGUAGGAAUCAUCGGCUCCGGCCCCGCCGGUCUCCUGUUGUCCCAGCUUCUGCAUCGGCGGGGAAUCGACAGCGUCGUGCUGGAGCGGCAGAGCCGCGAGUACGUUCUCGGCCGGAUACGGGCUGGAGUCAUUGAGCAGGGCGCGGUCGCGCUGCUUCGCGAAGCGGGGGUGCACGAGCGUCUGGAUCGGGAGGGGCAGAUCCACGAGGGAAUCGGGAUUUCGUUCGGCGGGCGGCGCCACCGCAUCGACUUCAAGGCCCUGACCGGGUCGUGCGUCACGGUCUACGGCCAGACCGAGAUCACGCGCGACCUCUUCGAAGCGCGGGACGCCGCCGGCGGCGUCAUCGUCCGCGAGGCCGAAGACGUGACGCCCCACGACAUCAAGACCGAUGCGCCCUGGCUCACGUAUCGCAGGGGCGGCGACAUCCACCGCGUCGACUGUGACUUCAUCGCCGGCUGCGACGGCUUCCACGGCGUCAGCCGCAGGACGAUCCCGCCCGCCGUCCUGCGCACGUACGAGAAGGUCUACCCGUUCGGCUGGCUGGGGGUGCUGUCGCGCACGCCGCCAGUCACCCACGAAGUGACCUACAACCACCACGAACGCGGCUUCGCCCUGUGCAGCAUGCGCUCGAAAUCCCUGAGCCGGUACUACGUGCAGUGCUCGCUCGACGACGACAUCGCCGAAUGGCCUGACGAGCGGUUCUGGGACGAGCUGCGGCGUCGGCUGCCCGAGGAUCUCGCCCGCGCACUCGUCACCGGCCCGUCGAUCGAGAAGAGCAUCGCGCCGCUCAGAAGCUUCGUCGCCGAGCCGAUGCGCCACGGGCGCCUGUUCCUCGCUGGUGACGCCGCGCACAUCGUGCCGCCGACCGGAGCGAAGGGGCUGAACCUGGCCGUCUCGGACGUCUACUACCUCUCUCGCGCCUUUGCCGCCUGGUACGGGUCCGGGGACGAGGGCCCGCUGGACGCGUACUCCGACACCUGCUUGCGGCGGGUGUGGAAGGCGGAGCGAUUCUCGUGGUGGAUGACCACGCUUCUCCACCGGUUCCCCGAGAAUGGUCUGUUCGGAGAGCGCAUCCAACUCGCCGAGCUGGACUACCUCGUCAACUCGAAGGCGGCGAUGACGGCGCUGGCCGAGAACUACGUCGGACUGCCGUACUGA